AUGGCCGUGUCCAUUGCUGCUUUCCUCGUGCUUGUUGCCAAGUUCCCGCGCUUCGUCACUCUCUGGCGCGCGCACCUGUGCUCCCCUGCGAUGGCCUUUUCCAUGAUGGCGUUUCAGUUCGGAGCGGGGCAGCAGGCGCAGGGCGACUGCGUGGCGUCGCUGCUGCUGCAGGUGCUGGGAGUGAAGGGCAAGCAGCAGCUGGAGACUGGCUUUGCUGCCCACAUGCUGCCGCUGCUGCCGGGGGGGAGGGACGCGCAUAGGGAGGCGGGAGGGGGAGGAGCGAGCUCGGGGAGGGAGGGAAGAGAGGGGAAGGAGUGGAGGGAGGGGUUGGGAGGGGUUGAGUGGGAGGAGUAUGUGCGCCGCGUGGUGGAGAUUGCCGCCCAGGGAGGGCUGGCAGGCGAGCAGUACCGCUGCUGCUGCUCGCAGUGCUGCAAGGGCGAGAGCACAGAGGGAAGAGCGAAUGAAGGGGCCUUGGGAGCCCAACGCGGCAGCAGCGGUGGCAUGGUGAUAUCUGGUGCGGACCCCACCGACUUCGCCCUCAAGUGCGCCACUCUCUUCUGCCAGCCGCUGUUCGCCGUGAGUGCUUCUCUCAUCUUCUCUGACUGUGCUGCCGGCCGCCACAAGGAGCGGGUAGAGGACGCUGCUGUGGAGGAGGCAAGGAACCGGCUGGCUGCGGAGAAGGGGAGUGUGGAGGGAAGUGGAGUGCAGGAUAGAGGGAAGCGAACAGUGGAUUCAGACGCACCAGCAUCAGCUCCUGCUGCUCCUGCUGGUGCUGGGUCUGGUGCUGCAGCCAGUGGGUCUGGUGCUGCAAGCGGCGCCGGCCUUGUCCCGGUGAACAGUAACGCGGUCGUGGCACUAUUCACUUACCGGGUCACCUGCCUGCUGCGAUGGGUGCGGCUGUACGGGUUCAAGGUUCGGUGCCAUGUGAAAGCCUGUGCCAGGCCUAGAAGGCUCGGCACGACAGGCUGGAAGGAGUUCCCGGAGGGGGACAGGGCGGCAGUGGCGGCGAAUUUGGAAGAUCCUGGGGAGUUUAUUGGACUCAAGACUUUCCAGGUGGGGGCAUUUCAUGGCGGUGAGUUGGACAGGGAGGAGAUGAAGAAGGAGUACAACGUGAGGGAGCUCAACAUGCCCCACCCAGGCCCCUCCUUCGGUGCCUCCCCCAAUUUCAUAGGCACUCUGCGCAACAACUCGAGCGGCCCCUUCUUCCCCACACUGGGCCACCGCGUGGAGGAGUUUUUGAGAAGGUUCGCCCCUGCAAGGCUGGCAAGGGAGGGCAGGAACGGUCCUCUGGCCCGGGCUAUCACCUCCUGGGCUAGCUGCAUGGACCUGGAGGAGCGAACCUGGACUGCUCUGGCUCUGGGGCCGUUCGCAGAGGGCAAGAUCAAGCCCAUCCUACGGUCCAGAAUCCAGGUGGAGAUUUUCAUAGAGAUGAUUGCAGGCAUCAUUUACCCUGCGCCGGCCUGCAACCGCUGCCGGUAUUGCGUCAGCAGGUACCAGCAUGCAGUCUCUCUCUCCUCACUUGCCGCAACCUUCGCCUACCGCCCCUCGUCCGCGCUGCUGCGCUGCAUCCUCUCGCUCUUCCCGCCCAGUUCGGUGCGCUUCAGAAGCUUCCUGGAGUCUCUGCACGUGGCGCCCAUCCCUGCGGUGGUCCCGGACUCGCUUCUGGCACCGCUGCUGGAAGGCUUGAUGGAGGAGCUUCGGCUGAAGUUUCUGUUUUGUGGCACUAGGCUCAUUGCGGAGGAGAGCGAGAUAAUGAGCAUUCUCGAGCCUGUCGAGCAGGACGAAGUAGGGCAGGAGCGGCAGGGAAUGUGGGAGGGGGUCGAGGAGUGGAGGAUGUGGGAGGAAGUGGACAGCUGGCGGCGGGCGGCUGUUAUGGCGUGGCCUGCUGUGGAGGGACUUGGUGAGGCGGAGGUGGCUGAUGGUGAGGGGGAUGGGUUGGAGGAGUGCUGUGCGGCCAUGAAGCGUGCGCUACAGGAGGAGAAGGUUGUAGCGGAGGCACGCAGGCAAGCGGUGAUUGACUCUGUCAUUGCCGCUGGUGGUGCUAGGGGUGGAGAUGCGUAUGGGGGAGGGGAAGGCCCAGGAGGGGGAGAGAGUGGGGAGGGGCGAAAGCGGAAUGCAGGGGCGUGGUACCUGGAGCCGUGGCCGGGGGGGGUGAAUCCUCUGGCGUGUUUGAGGGAGAUGCUGCUGGGGGAGACCAGCUACUGCCUCCAGGCUCAGGUGGAUGCUGCUGCCGCUGAUGCUGCUACUGCUGCUGCCCCUGGUGAGGGGCACAGUGGCAAGGGAGAGCGGCGUGGGUGUGCGUGGGCACAGUGUGGCGGGGUGGAAGGGGCGGGGUUGCAGCUCAAGCUAUGUUCGCGGUGCGGCAAGGCUGCCUACUGCAGCAGGGAGUGCCAGAAGGCCCACUGGCCGUCGCACAAGCUCACAUGCCAGCCCAAGGCCAAGAAAGGGGAAGAGUCUUCAUAG